AUGGAGGAAGGGGACGAGUAUGUUCCCCAAAUAUCCCAAAUGGACUACAACCUGAUCGACAACAAUGGCACCAACCGAUCAGGCUACUACAACCACGACCCACUACGACAGAUGGGCGACAUGUACAUGCAGCAGACCUCACAACAACUCCCACCCCAACAACACAUGAACCAUCAGGGCUACAUGAACAUGCACGGCUACCCACCAGCACAAGCCACCAUGCCCUGCCAGUCCGGUCUACAACAGAUGCCCAGUGCUACACCGCCGGCCAAGAAGCGAGGCGGUGGCCGGAAGAAGGCCAACGCCGCUACACCAGCUCCAACAGAACAAAAGUUCCCGGCCAAUCCACCGCAGAACAUGAUGUACCCCGCCAACUACCAGAUUCCCGGCCAGCAACAGGUACCUCUCCACGCAAAUACCCCGCCCGGGAUGAGGAUGCCCACCCCCGGCUACGGGAAUUACAUGGGGUACCCACCCAACUCGAAGUGGAUGGAAUAUGGCCAAGUUCAACAAGGGCCACAGUUCAGAUGUCCACCACAAAAUGCGUAUCCUGGCUACAAUGGUCCUCAACAGGUAAGUCAUAUCUUUUUAUUUCAUUUUCUGUUUAGAUUAACAUCUUCAUCGUCGACUUACCUAUUUUUAACUAUAGUGCACUUACUAUUACAACAUCUUUUAGAAUUACUACAACCAAGGAAUGCCCCCUGGACAACAGCAGCCACAACAACAACAAAUCCCACCUCGGCCACAAUUCUACGGCCAAGGAUACCCCAACAUGAACUACCCCGGGCAACAGCCAGCACGGUACCCAACUCCACAGCAAAAUUACUACGGAGACCCCAACUAUCCCGGCUACAAUCCAGCGUACGGUCAGACGCCCCAGCAGCCAAGUAAGAACACCCCCUCCAGCACAAAUCAGCCUGGAAUGCCCAUACCUCCAAGUUCAGCUGCCCAACAACCUUCCUACCCUUCUGGCCCGCCCCAAUCCAGUAAGUCUUACACAUUUUUAGUCCAAUUAACAAAUAUAUUGUAAUAUCUAUAAAGACUGUGGUAAAAUUACUGUGAACAUGACGAUGACUAAAUGAUUUCAGUCCCUCCAACAAACGGUGCAUAUCCUUCGGCUACACCGUCGUCGAUUCCAAAUGCCCAAAGGCCUGGCUUCAACGGCAUGCCGGCACAGCCACAACAACAGCCACCUUCUCAAUCUACAUCACAGUAUCAUCCACAGGGCUCGUACUAUCCCCAGAUGCCGAACCCUCAGAUGCUACAACAAGGAAUCAUGGAGUUAGAACGGCAGCUACACUUCUUGGUGCAACAACCACCCAAUCCAGAAGUAUCCAGCAGGAUGGAGCAGGUUCAGAUGAGGUUAAACCAAAUGAAGUCCCAACAUCAACAAGCUAUGUCGGCGGCUACGGCAUCAAACGGAAAGCCAGUCCAGAUGCCACCCAGUCAGCAACAACAACAGCCUCACUCUUCUCCACUAACACCGUCACAACGGAUGCCCGCUACACCACAGUCCGGAAUGUAUCCUUCAUAUCCGAACCCUCAGGAGAAACCGACUCCAGAAUUAAGUAAUAGUAUACAUUCUCAACAACCUUCAUCAGUAGGGUCUGCCUCCAUGGGACCACAUUCCAUUCCACCCUCUAACUCAACAUCGUCAGUCUCGGUUAUGCAAACUGCAGCUAGCCAGGUUCAGGUAAUUACUAUAUAAUAUUCACGGCCCUUCGUAGUAACGCUUAUAUACUACUAUUUCAAUUUCUUACUCAUAAAAAACAACUUUUCAGGUCAACAUUACUCCAGAAGCCACGGGACGCACCCUUAUCAGUGUGUAUCACCAAUAUCCCUCGUCAGAUCCCACGAUGACAGAAGCCAACGCUCUCCAGAAGGACUCUGUCCCUCCAGAACCGGUUCCCUCCUCGGUGUCCAACGGGUAUUCCAAAAACAGCUCAAACUCCAAAACGGCAUCAUCCCCUCCCGCCUCAGCAUCUCAAGCAUCAUCAGAAUCCUACUCGAACUCAUUCCUAAACUCCAACUUCCCUCCGAAGGAACAGGAGCAGCCAACAUUCAACUCUCUCGAAGUAAAACCAGAAAUCACAUCACAACCGACUACACAACAACCUCCGGUCCUCGCUGCCGUCAACGAUAUUCCUCUAAUGUCGACUUCAGAUGUCCGUCAGGAAGUCAAGCCGGAAUUUACCGAGAAACCCGUAUCACCACCAAAGCCUGUGUUUGAAGAACACGAAACCGACCUUUUGUCCACAUUCAAAAGGCCAGAAUCGACUUCAGAAGCAGAGUUCACGGUGAAAGCGAAGCACCCGAAAGAAGUGGUAGAAGCUAGUUUUGAUGAAUACGUGAAGCCGAAGAAAGUAGUGGCUCCAAAACCACCACCCAAGAAAGCACCGACGCCAGCCAGGAAAAGGAAAAAGGCACCCAGCGACGUCAGUUCAGAUGAAGAUCACGACUUCACGGUGGAAACCAAAAAGUAAGAAUCUGAAUUCAAAUAAUUAUCUAAAUUUUAGGAAAAAAGGGAAAGCUGCCCCAAUCGUGAAACCAGUGGAAGAAGUAGAUCCAGUAUUCACUGAUUUUGUAGAGGUAAGGUUUCAAUACCUUUUACCAAAAAAAUUCCGGACAGUUUUGUUGAGAGAAAAUUGGAAAAGUUGUGGCAAACUGCAGGCUGCGGCUGAAAAAAAGUAUUAUUUUAUACGAAGAAACAUGUCCACAACAAAUUUUUGUUUUUCAAACAUAUUUUCUGUAAAAGAAGCAAAAUAUAAAUAAAAAUUACAGAAACGACGAUCUGGACGGACGAAAAAUGAACGAACAUACGAAGAUCGUAUGGAUACCGACGAAGAACUCAUGGAAGUUAUGGGGCCAAGCACCAGCUACAUGGAAGACACUCCUCCUCCAGCUACAGCUGAGUUUAUCGUCGAAAAGAUUCUAGGAUUAAGGCUGGCGAUGAGGAAGAGACAGAAGAGCGCCAGCGUUGAAGAUGAAACGUCAAACGGAAAGGAUGGUUCUGAAGAAUCCAAAGAUAACGUCAAGACAGAAGAACAGAAGCCUGCUUCGUCAAAGAAAGUCGAAUCAGAAGAGGAGGAAGAAGAAGUGGAGGAGUUCUACGUCAAGUUUAAGAACAAGUCGUACCUUCACUGUGAGUGGAAGACGAUGGAGGAGCUGGAAGAGUUGGACCGCCGGAUAUUGCCUAAAGUUAAUCGCUUCAAAGCAAAGUGGGUAGAGGACAACGAGUAUUUUAACCCCGACUACACGGUAGUCGAUAGGAUAGUGGACGAACAUGUAGAUGAAGAUGGUGAGCAGUCUUACCUGGUCAAGUGGAAGAGUUUACAGUACGAAGAUUCAACUUGGGAAUCUCUAGAUGUGGUCUCGAAGAAGAAGAUCGAUGAGUAUCAUCGUAACAAUGAAGUAGAUCCAAGCAAAACUGUAAGAUUUUAAUAAUUAACGGUCGUUUUUUGUUUUUAGAAGUAAACGGUAUAAUAUUGUAUUGAUUACAGAAAGAAACGGUACGACCAGACCCUGAAGAUUGGGAGGAGAUUAAGGAUACUCGAGAGUACAAGGACGGAAAUACCCUGAGAGAGUAUCAAGUUGUUGGAGUUAACUGGCUUUUGUUUUGUUACUACAACAGGUACGUAUUAUUUACGUUUACUAUAUGUUAUAACAAUAUCUUUAUAAUUACAACGAUUUUUAACAAAAUAUCAAUGUUAUUAUAGUGUAUAUGUAUUUGAUUUGUACUCAUUUUAGCCGAAACUGUAUUCUGGCUGAUGAAAUGGGAUUGGGAAAGACAGUUCAGACCAUUACCUUCCUUCAAGGUGUGUACGAUGUAGGUAUCCACGGACCUUUUUUGGUAGUAGUACCUUUGUCAACGUUACCUAAUUGGGAACGAGAGUUUGAGACUUGGACUGACAUGAAUUGUGUUGUCUACUACGGUACUUCAGUCAGUAGGGAAAUGAUUCAGAACUACGAGAUGUACUACGACAAGAACGACGUCAAGGUAUGUUAUUUGUUACAGUAGGCUCAAUAUCAUGGAUCUCUGGACAUUUUACUCUUUUUUAAAAUUCUUUAACUCUAUUUUAAUGUCUUUCAAUUUCAGAGACGGAAUGUAGCCAAAUUUGAUGUGUUGUUGACCACGUUUGAGAUGGUAAUAUCUGACGUUGACAUCCUGAAGAAGGUCAACUAUCGUGUCUGUGUCAUUGACGAGGCUCACAGACUCAAAAACAGAAACAGCAAGCUCCUGACCAAUGGUCUACUAUCAUUUAACUUCGAACACCGCGUUCUUCUGACAGGAACUCCACUCCAGAACAACAUCCAGGAGUUGUAUUCUCUGCUCAGCUUCUUGGAGCCAGAACAGUUCCAUAGUUCAGACCUGUUCCUUCAAGAGUUCGGGCAAUGUCAGACAGAAGAGCAGGUUCAGAAGCUGCAGGAGAUUCUGAAGCCCAUGAUGUUGAGGAGGCUGAAGGAGGAUGUGGAGAAGACUUUGCAACCAAAGGAGGAAACCAUCAUUGAAGUAUGUUUUACUCUUUUGUUUCAAUGUUUAGGUAUCAAACACUUUCAUGAGUCUGUAUUCAAAACAUUAAUAUAAUUGUUUAGGUACAACUGUCUAAUAUCCAAAAGAAGUACUACCGUGCUAUUUUGGAGAGGAACUUUACGCAUCUUCUGAAAGGUUCUAUGCCGUCUUUGAUGAACACGAUGAUGGAGCUACGCAAAUGUUGUAAUCAUCCAUUUUUGAUCAAAGGAGCCGAGGAACAGAUCAUUUCCGAGCUGAAGCCGUUGCACGCUAACAAAUCUGAAGACGAAUUGAAUAAUCUGGCGUUGAUUCAGUCGUCUGGUAAACUGGUACUCAUCGACAAGUUGUUACCUAAACUACGACAAGACGGCCACAAAGUGUUGAUCUUCUCUCAGAUGGUGAAGGUUCUGGACCUUCUGGAAGAGUUCUUGGUCCAGAUGAACUACUCCUUUGAGCGAAUCGACGGUAACGUACGUGGAGACCUCCGUCAGGCAGCUAUCGACAGAUUCAGUAGAAAGGACUCUGACCGCUUCGUCUUCUUGUUGUGUACUCGAGCUGGAGGUUUGGGUAUCAACUUGACCGCUGCAGACACUGUAAUUAUCUUUGAUUCCGACUGGAAUCCGCAAAAUGACUUACAAGCACAAGCACGAUGUCAUCGUAUUGGACAGACCAAGAUGGUGAAGGUGUACCGUCUGAUCACAAGUAAUACGUACGAAAGAGAAAUGUUCGACAAGGCCUCGUUGAAGUUAGGCUUAGACAAGGCCGUGCUACAGUCUAUGGCUCCGAAAGAAAACAGCCAACAGAUGACGAGACAAGAAGUGGAAGACCUUCUGAAGAAGGGCGCCUACGGUGCUGUGAUGGACGAAGAUAACGAAGGCAGCAAGUUCAGUGAAGAAGACAUCGACACGAUCCUUAGCAGAAGAACACAGACCAUCAAGUUGGAGCCAGGGGUAAAGGGCUCCACUUUUGCCAAGGCUUCAUUCACAUCGUCAAGCAACAGAGAAGACAUCGACGUCAACGACCCCAACUUCUGGUCCAAGUGGGCCAAGAAGGCGAAUGUGGACGUUGAUUCUGGAAGCAAUGAACUGAUCUUACUGGAGCCUCGAGCGAGGAAGAAGCGCUUUGAAGAGGGUUACAAGGGAUUGCACGAUGGAGGCGAAAGUGACGGUGAAGAGGGAAGCGAAGGCCGAAAGAGCGCCGACUUCUCCAAGAACAGAAGUGGCAAGAAGAGGAAACGAGGUGACGAUGACGACGACUACAUCACCUACGUGCCAGACGAGCUCACCUUCAACAAGUCCGAGUACUUCAAAGUGGAGAAGCUUCUGAAUACUUGGGGUUGGGGACGGUGGAAGGUGAUGAAGGAACAAUCUGAUGUUUCUCUCAGUUUGAACGACAUUGAACACAUUGCUCGAACAUUGUUGUUACACAAUAUCAGAGAACACAAAGGCGACGAGAAGACCAAGGAGUUCGUGUACCAUCUUAUCACUCCCUCUGGAGAGACCGCUUCCAAGAACGACAAGAAGUCUCACGGUGAAUACAACGAGGGAUGGGCUAGCCUACCUGAGUAUAACCCUCCCAACUUUGCUAUUGAUGUCUCUUUCACCAGACACAUCCACCGCCAUGCCAACAAACUGCUUCAUCGUAUGUUCCAUCUGUUUCUGCUUCAGAAUCACGUUGUCACGAAAGAGGAUGCUGUGAAAAUCUACGAAGAGAAGGACUACAAAGACAUUGACCUCAAGGUACCAAGUGUUGGAGAUCCUCCCCUUCCCAACUGGGACGCUGACUGUGACAAAUGCUUCAUCAUCGGCAUCUACAAACACGGAAUGGAGAACUACGAUAUCAUCAAACGGGACGAGAAGUUGUGCUUCAUCGACAAGAACAUCGAGGAGAUGCCGACCACGCUGGAGCUGAACACCAGAUUCAAGAGAAUCAUGCUUCUGGUCAGCCGCCAGCUGGAGACUGCCAUGUCUGGUUCCACUAGUACCACUACUACAGUCAAGUGGUCCAAGUCCGAGGAAAUGGAAUUCAUGCGAGUGCUACGCAUCUACGGUGUGAAAGAUGACAAUGAAGGUCAAAAUGUGAUCAACUGGAACAGAUUCCGAGAACUUUCCGUGAAUCUUCAGCAGAAGACAGACGCCCAGAUGCUGGAGCAGUUGUACUGUGUACUAGCCAUGUGUACCAAAGAGCAAGGCCGAGAGUUGUCUCCAAUCGACAUGAGAAGGGCUUCAAUGGUGGAUCCGAUUCCUGUACGGAAGGCAGAGAAACUGAUGAACCGGCUUCAUCUGAUGAGGAAGAUCCACGCGAUCGUUUCCGCCGGGAUUCAGAAGGUCAGAACAUCGUUGAAACUCUGUUCUUCGGAAACCAUGUAUUCUGGAUGGGAGGAGAAGCACGAUGAACAACUUCUGGUUGUUGUUGAUCAUCAUGGACUCGACAAGAUUACCCAGAAGUUGACCGCUUUGCCUAGCUUCGAGAAGUUCGCGAAACAAAUCGAAGAGAACGACCUCGUCAGACGUGUAGUCGAGAUCUGCACCACGUUGGAGACCGGUAAAUGGAAUGGAAAAGGAAGUGUAGACCUGAUUGAUGACGAAGAUGCCAUGUCAUCGCUUGACGCUCAAGCUUUGGCGAUGCUACAAGCUUUCGGUCAGUCAGUUUCUACUCCAAAUGCUUCCAGAAUAUCGUCAUCACAACAGAAGCGGAACAGGAAGAAGGCCAGUGUGUCUGGGAGUUCCACAGCUCAACAACUAGCUAAUUUGGUAAGUCUUAUAUCGAUUUAGUAAGAGUAAUUAUUUUACAUACAGUAAUAUAAAUGCCAUAUUGACAAUUAUGUUUUCAGAACGAUCCAGCGUACUUGCUUUCCAUGCUGAACGCUCUGGGUGCUACUGGUGGAAGUGGAUCGUCACAACAACAGAUGCAGCAGCUGAAUGCCUUGCUGAGUAUGUUCACGUUGAUGGGACCCAUGAUGAACAACGGAGCCAACGAUCCGGCUUCGAAGCAGGCCAUGCAGAUGUUAAUGGCAAUGAUGGGCGGUAACGAUGCUCUCAACCUGACCACAUCUGCCUCCACAAAGCCAACCGCCUCCAUUACUAAAGGAACCUCUCAGAAUUCAGCAGCAGCUACGACAGCAGCCGCUUCUGCUCCUACAUCGAUACCAGCUGAUGUUACACCGUCUCUGCCAUCUACGAGUGCUACGGCCACGGCGAAGGUUAAGGAGAUCACGAAGCCAGAAGACAUGUCCAUGGUCGAGAUUCUCAAGUGUUUGAAUUACACAAAAAGUAAGUCUAGUUUUGUUGUAAAGCUAUUUUCAACAGCUUUAUGAUUUACUGUCAUAUCAACCAUGUUAUCCUUUCAGAUUCCCACAUACCUGUCAUUCACACCGAAACCAAAGAAAAGCUUUCUGGAUCCAAGGCUCCAUUGCUGUCGAACCUGGAGUCGUGGCUAGCUGCGAAUCCGAAGUAUCAGGUCGACAGUGAAGCCGCGUUAAAUCCGGCCAAUCAGACUAGUGCCUCGACUUCAGAACCGUCGACUUCUGCCGUCAAAAAGACAUCUGUUGUAGCUCCAAAGGUCGAGAAACCGACUCCAUCAACCUCGAAGACUACAGCUAAGACCGAAGACCCCAAGAUUGGAGUGGUAAACAGAGUUACAGGGCAGUUACUGCCUGAGGACAAAUGGCCAACAUUGGGAGAGUUGGCCAGCUGGCUGGACAAAAACCCCGGAAAUGAUGUGCAAGACACAUUCGGGCUCAUUGUCAAGGUAAAUUUGUUUAAAUAUCUUUUCAAAAUUAAAUAUUUUAUUUUUUAUGUUAUCUUCAUUGCAUACCUUGUUUCUAGGCCAUCUUACCAUCCAACUACCAUCAAAGGAUCAGUAAGGUCACCGCUCCGAAGACAACUACAGCCAACGCCAACUCUCUGAGUGCUCUCGAACAAAGUCUGAUCCAAAGCAUGGGGCUGGGCGGAGCCAAUUCAAUGGAGAACCUCCAGAUGCAACUGAUGCUACAACAACUUAUGAUGGGAUCGUCGAUGCAGAACGCCUACAACCCUUAUAUGCAUCUGAUGGGAGGAAGCGCUACGGCGACUUCUCUACCUUCAACUACAGCCAAUGCCAACAAUGUUGAUGCCGCGAUUCUAGCUAUGUUCGGCAGUGGAGCUGUUCCCACCACCACGGCUACAACGUCCAAACCAACCGCCGCGACCACUGCAUCUAAUAUGGCUUCAGCAUUGGGAGCGGCAUCGACGUCGGCUUCAAAUCAGGCCAUCAACGACAUGUUAACCACGGAAUUGUUAUCGAACCCAGUCCUACUGAACCAACUGAUUGGUGCCAACGGUACCAACGCGGCCGCCCUCAGCUCUUUAGGCCUGGGCUCUCUGAAUCCCAUGGAUUUGAAUGCGGCGCUCCAGAUGAGUAUGCUGACUUCUGCGUUGGGCGACCUCAGUCAGACUACACAAGCGAUGGCUUCACCUUCGUCGUCCAAGAAGCCUUCUCAGCCGGCUUCUGGGAAAGCCAGCAAACUGAACGCCGUUGUGGAGAAACUGGCUUCCUCGUCGUCCCAAAACACGAAUGGGAACCACUAA